AAACGUAAAAGUUUUUGUACAUAUAGAAACAAGUAAAAGUUGUUCCCUUUCGAUCGAGUGUGUCGAUUUUUUUUCGUGUAGUUCCUUCUUUUACUGACACACUAUUUAUUGAAACAAACAAUAUACAGCGAAAGAGAGAUAGAAAUUUUUGAAAAAAAAUAUAUAAAAAUACAGAGAACGAAAUCAAUUUGAUUUAUUGUGUUUUGUAAAAAGUGUCGAACAGUUAAAAAAAGAAGAUUGAAAAAAUUGUGUUGAUUUUUUUUAUGUUGAUUCAUUUACCGUUUGUCAUCGAAACGUAUCGACGAUAUACAGAGGAUUUGAAACGAUAAAAAAAGCACACCCAAUUGAGACCUAAUCAGACAGAGAGUACAGCAUAUAAAAGGGUAAAACAUCAUUUCACACGUGAGAGAGCAGCAGCGAAUCUUUCAGCGACAGGUUUUUAUGUCCGAUGUCUAGUGCUGAAGUCAUUGAGAGUUCUGUUGAUCCACCUGCCGCCAAAAAACGGAAGUUGCAAACUAAUAACGCUUCCAGCAACGCAACACCAGCAACAAUGGCGAACAACGGAUCGACUUCGCGUGAAACACCCGGUGAAAUCGAUGAAGGACUCUACUCGCGCCAAUUAUACGUGCUCGGUCACGAUGCAAUGCGUCGCAUGGCCAAUUCAGACAUUCUAAUCUCGGGAUUAGGUGGCUUAGGCGUUGAAAUUGCCAAAAAUAUUAUACUCGGCGGUGUAAAAUCCGUCACACUUCAUGAUACAGUCGCAUGUACGGUGAGCGAUUUAUCAUCGCAAUAUUAUUUGAGCGAAGCAGAUGAAGGAAAAAAUCGUGCCGAAGUGUCGGUUAAACAAUUGGCCGAAUUGAAUAAUUAUGUACCGGUACGGGUACAUACAGGCGAACUCACUGAGCCAUUUAUCAAACAAUUCCGCGUUGUUGUGCUCACUGAAACUGCAAACGCUGAACAGGAUCGCAUCGCAGCAAUUACACAUGAUAAUAAUAUUGCUUUGAUUAUCGGUCAAACGCGCGGAUUAUUUGCACAAAUAUUCUGCGAUUUUGGUGAGAGUUUCACCAUUUAUGAUGACAAUGGUGCACAACCCGUAUCAAAUAUGGUGGCCAGCAUCACCAAGGAUACAGACGGUAUUGUGACAUGCUUGGAUGAGACCCGACACGGACUUGAAGAUGGCCAAUAUGUUACAUUCUCUGAGGUUGAAGGAAUGACAGAGUUGAAUGGCCAUGCUCCGAUUAAAAUAAAAGUACUUGGUCCAUACACGUUCAGCAUUGGCGAUACAGCAAAUUUUGGCACCUAUAUUCGUGGUGGAAUUGUUACACAGGUGAAAAUGCCGAAACAAUUAUCGUUCAAAUCGUUGGCCGAAGCGAAAAAGAAUCCUUCAUAUGUCAUAACCGAUUUUUCAAAAUUCGAAACGCCCGAUCAAUUGCAUUUGGCAUUUGAAGCAUUGGAUGAAUUUGUGGUGCAAAAUGGCCGUUUACCUGCCCCAUGGUCGGAAAAAGAUGCUAAAACAUUUUUAAAUUUGGCCACCAUACGUAAUGCCGAUAUAACUGUCGAUGAAAAAUUAUUGUCGACAUUUGCAAAGAUUUGCGCUGGUGAAUUGUGUCCAGUAAAUGCGGUCAUCGGUGGUACGAUGGCUCAAGAGGUGCUUAAAGCAUGUUCGGGUAAAUUUACACCGAUUCAACAAUAUUUGUACUUUGAUGCCAUCGAAUGUUUGCCGGAAAAUGAUUUAACUGAAGACGAUUGCAAGCCAAUUGGUUCACGAUACGAUAAACAAAUUGCCGUUUUUGGCAAACAAUUUCAAGAGAAUCUCGGCAAUAUGCGAUAUUUCAUUGUUGGUGCCGGCGCCAUCGGUUGUGAGCACUUGAAAAAUUUCGCAAUGGCCGGCAUUGGUGGUGGCAGCAAAGGUGAAAUCAUUAUCACCGACAUGGACCUCAUUGAAAAAUCAAAUCUCAAUCGUCAAUUCUUGUUCCGGCCUCAAAAUGUACAACAAUCGAAAGCACAAACUGCCGCCAAAGCAAUUCGUGCAAUGAACAAGGACAUCAAUGUUACAGCACAUGAGAAUCGAGUUGGUCAAGAGACCGAAAACGUUUACAAUGAUGAAUUUUUCGAAAAAUUGGAUGGCGUUGCCAACGCAUUGGAUAACAUGGAUGCUCGUAUUUAUAUGGAUCGACGUUGCGUAUUCUAUCGUCGAAUGCUCAUCGAUUCUGGCACUUUGGGCACAAUGGGAAAUGUUCAGGUUGUCGUUCCAUUUGUCACCGAAUCGUAUAGUGCCACCCAAGAUCCACCAGAAAAAAGCAUUCCGAUUUGUACAUUGAAAAACUUCCCAAAUGCAAUUGAACACACAUUGCAAUGGGCUCGCGACGCAUUUGAAGGUGCAUUUAAUAAAAAUGCUGAAAAUGCAUCACAAUACAUUUCCGAUCCAACAUUUGUCGAUCGUAUUUUAAAAUUGCCAGGAGUUCAGCCACUUGAGAUUUUGGAAACGGUUAAAGUUGCUUUAAUCGAUGAAAGACCAAAAGAUUUCUUCGAUUGUGUGAAAUGGGCACGAAAUUAUUGGCAAGAAUCGUAUUCGAAUCAAAUUAGUCAAUUGUUGUUCAAUUUCCCACCGGAACAGACAACAGCAACUGGCCAACCAUUUUGGUCGGGUCCAAAACGUUGCCCAAAACCGCUUACCUUCGAUGUAAAUGAUCCAAUGCAUUUGGAUUACGUGUAUGCGGCCGCCAAUUUAAAGGCUCAAUCGUAUGGAAUUACUCAAGUGCGUGAUCGUCAAACGGUUAUUGAUAUAUUAGGAACCGUUGAAGUGCCCGAAUUCACACCAAAAUCUGGUGUUAACAUCGCUAUUACGGACGCAGCAAUGCAAGCUGAACAUAACAAUGGCGAAGGUUUAGACGAAUCACGUGUUCAAUCGAUCAUUUCGCAAUUACAGAAUCUAGGCAAAAUUGAUUUCACAAUUACACCACUAGAAUUCGAAAAAGAUGACGACAACAAUUUGCAUAUGGAUUUCAUUGUGGCAUGCUCGAAUCUGCGAGCCACCAACUACAGUAUUCCAACCGCUGAUCGUCAUACAUCGAAAUUGAUUGCUGGUAAAAUUAUACCGGCAAUCGCAACGGCAACAUCUGUUGUGUCUGGUUUAGCAUGCUUAGAGGUCUAUAAACAUGCACAAGGCUACAAGUCCGUUGAUCGCUUUAAGAAUUCAUUCUUCAAUUUGGCAUUACCAUUGAUGACAUUCUCCGAGCCGAUCAAAGCAGCCAAACAAAAGUACUAUGACAUCGAAUGGACCGCCUGGGAUCGAUUUGAAGUUGCUGGCGAAAUGACAUUAACCGAAUUUCUUGAUUACUUCAAAACUCAACAUCGAUUGGAGAUCACAAUGUUGUCGCAAGGUGUUUCUAUGCUUUAUUCAUUCUUUAUGCCAAAAGCAAAAUUAACCGAGCGAUCGAAUAUGCCGAUGUCAGAGGUUGUAAAAAAAGUCUCAAAACGAAAACUUGAGCCUCACGUUCGUGCGCUCGUUUUUGAAAUUUGCUGCAAUGACAUUGACGGCGAAGACGUUGAGGUGCCCUACGUUUGUUAUACACUCCCAUAAAAUCGACGGCGUACGCGCUCCCAUUAUCAACAACAAGCGCCCGACAAACGACUGAGAGAAAGAAAACGGAAAAAAACAACAAUCACCGAUCAUUGAAAACAAUAAACAGGAAGAAAGAAAAUGAAGUAGAAAAUGAAAGGAAGAUGAAAAUGCUAACGAUUAUCAAUUUUGAAAGUUCGAUAUUGAUUAUGUGAAUUGAAAAUAAGUUGAUUGAAGCAAAAAAAAAACAGAGUAGCAUAAUGAAAAAAUGAAAACAAACAACCACUUUAAGAGAAAUAAAACAAUAAUUAAAUGAAAACAACAACAACAACAAUUAAAAAUAAUAUCGUAUUUAAGUAAGAGGAUGAGAGACGUAAGCACGAUGAGUAAAAUAUUCUUAAGACCAGUAAUAAGGGAUCAGAUUUAAAAUGAAAUGAAUGAAAAUCGCUACGCAAUCUGAAGCAUCAUGUGCUUUUUCUACCGUUACUUUUUGUCGUAAUUGACAUAAAGUUAGCGAGCGCGGUUGAUCGGGGGGUUGUGUAAACAUAUGUGUGGUAGAGUCUCAAACAGCGAUUUCUUUCCUUUUUUGUAGCGUUUCUGCAUAAUCUAAUUGUAAACAUACAAUUUUGUUUUAUCUCAAUGUUAAGAUACAUAUACAUACGACAGUCGGAGAGAGAAGGAGAGAACAAGAGUUAUGAAGGGAGAUUUUUACUUAAAAAAAAUUAACAACAACACCCAAAACACAUCCACACAAAUACGAGCGUGUGUUGAACAGAGUAAAUUGUGAAAUAAUAAUCAAUUUGUAAAUGAUAAGCAUUCGUCUUAUUAAUUCAAUUUAAAAAAAAAUUAUUAUAAUAAUGAUAAAAUCAAUAUACAUUUGUUAUUAUCUCAAUCACACAAACAAAACCCAUGCACACACAAACACACACAUAAUAACAACCCAGAUAUUGCAAUUAUGUCUGUCUCCUUUUUUUUGUGCUGAUACAUAUUCUCAUGAUUUUCAUAACCAAUCGAAAUUGAGAGACAUAACAAUUCACAUUAAACAAAAUUGAUAAACCAAAAUUCGAAUCAAAUUCAAUAAAAUCAAACAAAAUCGAUAAAAUUA